GCCAAAGCGAAGAGACGGAAGAACUUGCGCUUAGAACUCGGGCGAGAGUCGUUGGUGGUGGAACGAAGGCUUGUCACCUCCGCAGCUCUGGCAGAGGGGUGGGCUUUCGCCAACCGUUAUCUCCCCGCGAUACGCUUGGCGUAUCGUAACCUCAUUGGUCAAGAACCCUCGAAUGGGAGGUGGCGAUUGGUGAAAGCAGAAUGGAUAGGCGGAGCUUGAGAGGAGAAGGUUGUAGUAAGCUCUGGAAGAUUCCUCCGCCCGCCAUAUAAAUGCGGAGAGGGGAAAAACCGGCCCCCUAAUUAGAGCGGGUGCAGCCGAGGAAGCUGGCGCUGGGGUGCCCUUGCUCGUUAAGCAGCGAUGGGGAAGGACUAUUACCGUAUCUUGGGCCUGUCCCGCGGCGCCAGCGAGGACGACAUUAAGAAGGCGUAUCGCAAGCAAGCGCUGCGCUACCACCCGGACAAGAACAAGGACCCCGGAGCGGAGGAGCGGUUCAAAGAGAUCGCCGAGGCGUACGACGUGCUGAGCGACCCCAAAAAGCGGGAGAUCUUCGACAAGUUCGGCGAGGAAGGACUAAAAGGAGGUGGUCCCAGCUGCAGUGGAGGAGGUCCCAAUGGCACUUCAUUCACCUACACUUUUCAUGGAGAUCCUCAUGCCAUGUUUGCAGAAUUCUUUGGUGGGCGGAAUCCUUUUGAUACUUUCUUUGUCCAGAGAAAUGGAGAGGAAGAUAUGGACGUUGAUGAUCCCUUUGCAAGCUUUCAGAACUUUGGCAACAUUGGUUUUUCUCGUGCACGUGGGGGCCGUGAAAAUAUUCGCAAGAAACAAGACCCUGCUAUCACUCAUGAAUUGAGAGUAUCUUUGGAGGAGAUUUACAGUGGAUGCACCAAGAAAAUGAAAAUUUCUCAUAAACGCCUCAACCCAGAUGGGAAGACCACACGUAAUGAAGAUAAGAUUCUAACAAUUGAAGUGAAACGUGGCUGGAAAGAAGGAACUAAGAUUACAUUCCCCAAAGAAGGAGACCAAAUGCCAAACAACAUUCCAGCUGAUAUUGUCUUUGUUUUAAAGGACAAACCACAUAGCAUUUUUAAGAGAGAUGGGUCUGAUAUUAUAUACCCAGCAAAGAUCAGCCUCCGUGAGGCUCUGUGUGGCUGCACACUGAAUACGCCAACAUUGGAUGGUAGGUCCAUACCAAUGGCAUUCAAGGAUGUCAUUAAGCCUGGAAUGAAGCGAAGAAUUCCUGGAGAAGGCCUUCCAUUUCCCAAGAAUCCAAACCAACGAGGAGAUCUUAUUGUUGAAUUUGAUAUAAAAUUCCCAGACAGAAUUCCACAGUCUUCCAAAACUGUCCUAGAACAGAUCUUGCCCAUAUAGUAAAUCUGCCAGAACUGGACUGCAGUGCCUCCAACACGAUUUUGGACUGGAAGUUGGAUUUGGGGGUCUGUUUUGGUAUGGGCGUGAUGUCAUGUUACUAAAGGUUUUUCAGAGAAUCUAAAUCUUGCAAGGUGAAUUUAUUGCACUGCUCAGUGACUUUAGACCCACAUUGUCAUUGCUCAAAACAUUUGGAGCAGUGAGCAGUUGCUGACAGAAGGAAUCGGCAGAGUAUAUCAUAAUUUGAGGAUGACAACCAGUCAUGAUUCCUGCCUUCACUUGUUUGCUUAGCCCUACUUAGGGCACACCCAUGUAGAUCCUUUAUUUGGGAAGAAUGAGACUGAAAGUUAAACUGGACUUGAAAAGUAAACUUCUCCAAUAUCUCAUAUUUGCUGUACUGUGUUGUCUCUUGUCAACAUUCUGCACUCAGUUCCCAGUAAGGCACCCUCAUUGUUCAUUUUUCCUCUUCCUUGCUGCUUGAGUGCCCUUAAUAAGACCUUUUUAAAUGGUGUCAUUGACUGAUGAUCCUGUGAGCAAGACAGUCUUAAACCUAGUCAUCAAAAUAACGUACCCUUUUUUUUCAAAAGGGUGGGGUAGGAUCUGAUGUCUAAUUGCAUGUUAAGAUGCUGUCAAAUAAAAGAAUUUGGCAGCUUCUGGAAAACAAGUAGAGAGACUUAAAGGUUUCUUAGUGAAAUCUCUGACUCUUUCCUGCCUCUUGAUGUUUAUCAAGUUUGGCCCUGUUAUAUCAUUAGGCUUGUGUCUAAUGACUGGGCUGGCAGAAGAUCUGUGUCAAAUAUUUACAGAUGAAAACUUAAUUUAAUUAACAGAUUUUAAAGAGGUUGAACCUUUGAAAAGUAUGUACAGGAGUAGGUAUUUUUUGUAAUGUUUUUUGUUUCUAGUCGAAGAAUAGUACUGCUCUUUGUAAAUACUGAAAUAAAACUGAUUUCAAGUAAUAGUU